CCCAAAAUUACAAAUCCGUUUCAGUGCAUGAAUUGGAGUAGGAUGGAGAAUGUAAGAGUAAGACAUCCCCACCCACAUUCCUGAUAGAUAUUAUUAUUGGAUGCAAGGUCAUAGUUAUUCUUUCUAGUCUAACUCCAUUUAUUACCUUUGUCUUUUGCAUCCAUUCCUUCUCCAUCCACUCAAGCUAUUUGCCUUCCCCCCUCUACUACUAUCACCUUUUACCACUUAAUUAUCAGCUUUUCAUCAGUCUCUCUCUCUCUCUCUCUCUCUCUCUCUGUUUGUCACUCUCCCCUUGUGACUCACUUUCAAUUAGGGUUUCCUCUUUAGGAGUGCUCCAUCCUUUAACAAAUCUGAGGCUUAUACCUCUCGUUGGCUUAGGCUACUUUGUCGAGAGAGAGAAAAAGAGAACAGCUUCUCAAGGACCUCCAACAAGGGAAAAAGGUACUUCCCUUUUAGUUCAUCUUAUACCAAAGAAACCUACAUCAAAAACAGUGCAGGGAAAAAUGGCAUCAUCCAGCUCUUACAACUCUCCAUGUGCUGCCUGCAAGUUCUUGAGGAGGAAAUGCAUGCCAGGAUGCAUCUUUGCACCUUACUUUCCACCAGAAGAGCCUCAAAAGUUCGCAAACGUCCACAAAAUCUUUGGAGCCAGCAACGUGACGAAGCUCCUCAACGAGCUUCUCCCUCACCAGAGGGAGGAUGCAGUGAACUCCCUCGCCUAUGAGGCAGAGGCACGCGUGAGGGACCCAGUUUAUGGCUGUGUAGGAGCCAUCUCAUUCCUGCAGAGACAAGUCCAAAGGCUCCAAAAGGAGCUUGAUGCUGCAAACGCUGAUCUGCUACGCUAUUCUUACACUGACAUCACUCCAACCUCUCUUUCUGUGCCACCAGGACUUGCUUCAUUUCACCAAGUACCCCAAAGGCAGUUUAGUGCAAGAUUUGGUAACGAAGCAAGUGGGUUUUAUCGCCACCAAUCUGCUGCUACUGCUUUUUCCUUUCCUUAUGCUCUUCCUUGGACUGAUACCUCCUCGGAGGAUAUCAGUGAGGGAGCAGGAGCAGGAGGAGGUAAUUUGUGAAUUAAGUUUGCAGUAUUAACCCUUCUAGGGUUUAUGCUUUUGGAGGCGUGGCCUGCAAUAUUCUGAUGGCGUGGUGUUAUUAUAUGUAUCUAUUAUGGACUAUUGGCUAGCUGUGUAGCCUUAGUUGGACUCUUCUAGUUCUAGCUAUGUGCAUGACUCUAGCUCUCUACCGUGUCUCUUUAAUUUUAUUUGUUGCCUUUGAUGACUUUGUAUUGUUUAAAACUGUAGCCAGGGAGUUAGGUAGUCUUUUUCUUUAGACCCUAAAAUAAGUUGGUAGAACAUGCAUAGUAAUGUAUGUGGCUACUAGACCUCUUAUUGUGUAUUGAUGCAACUCUAGGCAGCAUGUGCAAUGUGAAGUUGAAUUGACAUGUUUCUCUCGGU